GCCUCGUCCUCUUCUUGCACCAACCACACUUGGCUCGACGCGCUACCAGCACAGGGAAGACACGACGACGACCCGAGCGACUACUGGCACGGUGGCGCGAAGAUACACCACACUCCCAGUCCGACCAUGUCGAUGAGAAAGAGACUAUCCGUGUCGAGCACCCGAAGCGAGUCGCCGCUUGUGUUCGCGACGACGCCGAACGCGGAUUCGGAAGAAUGGGUGGCUGCGUGGAAGCAGAUCCUUGCCCAAGAUAUCAUUGAUUCGCCUGUUGUGGCAGUCGAUGCCGAGACUAGUGUGGAAGAAGCAUGCGAGGUAUUGCUAUCGCAGGACCUCUUAUGCUUGGCGGUGAAGACCCCGCAAGGCCGAUCUCCCCAAGCGUUGCCAUUCUAUGGACUCUUCGAUUUCGCAGACGUGAACGCGUUUCUGACUUUGGCGGCGACGAGGCACAAGAUAGGCGUAGACGAACUUCGCGAGAAACAUCGAGUGCAAGAGAUAUUGAAAGCAGCGCGAGAAGGAAAUGUACCUGCGCACCUUAUCAGCAAUCUGUCUGAGAAGAACCCGCUAGAGGUCCUUCCGCAUGACGCCAACGUUGUAUCUCUCCUCACAAUCUUCGCUCGUGGCGCACAUCGUGUGCUCAUCCAAGCCCCAUCCUCGACCUCCGAGUAUCUAGGGAUGGUCUCUGAUAGUGGACUCCUCUCCUGGCUCACCGAAUACGCACAGAAGACCCCCACGCUUCUCAAAUACCUCUCCGUGCCUUUGGCGUCUCUCGCGCUCCCAUCACUAUACCUCUACUUGUCUGUGAUCGCCACCAAGGCCAGCGACAGUGUACUAGACGCCAUGAAGCUUAUGAGCGACGAGGGCGUUAGCAGUAUUGCCAUUAUUGAUGACGAAACUGGCGGCCUUCUCAGUGCGGUCAGCGUUACGGAUAUAGGAAAGGUCGUUGUGCCUGAGCAGAGCAACCAGAUCCUCACCACACCGCUGAAGCAGUUCAUCACGCGAAUCAAAGAGCCAGACGGGUCUACCGAUGGCGUCGACAAAUUCCCAGUUUAUAGCGUCACCCCCAACAAUACACUCUUCUACACCAUGCAGAAGCUGUUGGCUACCGGCUCACAUCGUGUGUUCGUCACUGAGGAGUCGCCAAUGUCGAGCUCUCCGUCCUUCAGCUCCAUGGCCCCGACGAACCUCUGCGGCAUAGUGUCCGUAGUCGAUGUGCUCUCCCUCUUCGCCCGUAUAGCAAACGUCCCCGGGGUGGAUCCGACGCGCAUGCAGCGGCACCGCCGCGCGUCCUCGACGUCCUCGAACGACUCCUACCGCUCGUCCGGGUCGUUCACCCACCGAUCGCGCUCGAGCAGCCGGACGAGCCUGCAGCGGCUCGGGUCCGUCGGGAGCUUGGAAGGCUUCCAAAUGCGUUGGGCGGACAGGGUGCCGGUCCCGGAAGCUCACCGUGGAUCGCCGUGAUCGCGUUGCGUCAACGUUCGAAUACAUGGCGAUUCGGUGGACACCAUUCCGCCGCGGUCUGCGCUACAGUAUGUAAGAUACCUUUCGGGUUUGGUUUGUUGUAUCGUCUUAUGCUUCUUCCAUGUAUGUCCACCAUGCAACUUGUACUCAAUA